UACAUAUAUACCUUUGUGAUUUAUAUCACUUCUUCGCUAAACCCAAAUCCAAAAACCUAAAAAAAUCAGUGUUUUGCGUUUCAGAUAAUAUUACAUCAAGAACUGAAAAAGUCUCUGCGGAAGUGUAUAUUAAUAUAUAAUCAUGGAUGUUGAUUCACAACCUACGAUGGAGGAAACUAUAUUAGUUGGUGAUGAUCUGAUGACUGGUCCAGCAUCGCCAGUCAUUCCACCAGAAAUUGCAUCGCAUGUGCUUGAAGGUGUUGAUAUAUGCGAUGGAAAAUUGAGGAAUUUGUUUCUAUGCUUGCAAAUUAAUGAUAUAGAGCCAUUUUGUCAAGAUGAAAUUGCUCUUUACAAGCAGUGUUCACAGAAAAGGGAUAUGGAACUAAGACAAAGGCUCCGAGAUAGUGAGCAUAAAUUAGGAAUGUCAAUGCCCAUUGAUGAAGCAAGAGAGCGAGCCUCUCAACUAGAAUCUGAAGCGACAUUAUUAGAUAGACGCCUGAUUCUGUUAAGUGCCGAUAAAAGCUUUAUAGCUCAUCGUUUAAGAUGGAGCCUACAAUCCCGCUCAAUAGAUAUCAAGGGGUCAUGACUUGUACUGAAUCGAGCACAUUGCAGGAGAAGGCUUGAGGGCUUGAAGCAGGGAAUAGAGAAGAGGAAGGAAGAGCCUGUUAAAUCUGAAACCCCGAAGAAGUGGUCCUUUUGGUGAAUGAGCCCUUCGUUUAAUAUAGGUUAGUUUGAGAGUACAAUGUCUAGAUGUAUCGACUUGUGGACUAUUUUUAGUCAUGACAUUUCGACCUGAUUAUCUGGGUAGAGAAAUAAUUCAGAUACAUAUUUCAAUUCUCUCAACCGACUUAAAAUUUCAGGGAAUUUGAUACAAGAGAGCUCACUUUUCAUAUUACUGGAACGCGGAAGCUAUAUUACUGGAAGCUAUGAAUACUCUUAUCAUCCACACCGUUUGUGUUUGGAUGAUAUUGUUUUAUUCUUCAA